CGCUGUCGCCGCUUGGCGGUGAGGGCUGAAGAUCACCAUACGUCGAGCGAUGUCAGGGCUGCUGCCGCCGUCGGUUAACACGCACAGGUUCACACCCAUCCUCGCCGAUAGUUUUCACAAUCAUCGACAUCGCGGCAAACAGAAAGGACGUUCCUCGACAAACGUAACUUUGUGGUGUCAUUGAAUCGGGACGCGAUCGGGACACCGUAACCUCGUUUUCAGUGCGGGAGAAAAGAAUUGGUGAUCGAGUCGGUGUGAGAAAAAAAGUGCUUCGUUAUCGGGGCAUAGAGAGGCAGGGUGGUUGUGUUCGGUGGAUGCUCGCCGAGAUCCUGUCGGGGAAUCGAAUCCAAAAGGAUGCAGCGCGCACCUAGCUUAUUCUACGGAGAUAAAACGACCAUCCGCGAAGGCGUAUCGGAUGAAACGUUAUAGUCAACCGUCAUAAGCGAAAUUGCAUCCCGUUGUACACAUUUUAAUUACCCGUAAUACCCAACUACACCUUAAUCUGGGAAUGGUCUUUCUUGUUCCCUGCUACAUGUAGCGGACUAAACCGUGAACGAUUGUAGAGGUUACGUUUACGCGUGAAUCGUUCCGAGUGGGUAUUAGUUUUCGAUUCUGCAUGUAAUCGUGAGUGUCCUUCGAGCAGGGAGGGAAAGAAGAUAAUCCGGACAGGAGCGUCGAGGGACAGAGGAAUUGCAUAAGAAUCCCUCGACGUCGUGACAGUGUUCCCUUCGGUGUGAAAACGGUAUACAUCGUAAAGGAUGUGCGCGUGAUAAAAAAAAAAAGAAAAGAAAAGAAGAGGCAAUCGAGAGAGCUCGAGUCUAAGGGAGUCGUGGGGGGCUAUCAUGAGGAUAGUCGGGGCCGAUCCCGUCUCGUCGAAUCGGGGCAUCCUCGAGAUUUCCGAAUGCUACUCGCGACGAGCUGUGCGCUCGAGGAUGCAAGGGACCAGGAUGAUCGAAACGAGCGUGGAGUGGAGUUCCGUGAAAGCUCUGAUCAAUAAGGGACAUCGGGAGUUCUGAGCUCGGUGGAUCGUUCGCGGAAGUGGACAUCGUCGCGAGGAUGUAGGGGGGCCCAUGCACUCGGGGCCCCGGCGAGGGUUUCCUUUUGGACUUCUCGGCGCCAAGACUUUUGGGAAGUUGUUUAGAAAAUCUUGGGAUAAUCGUCGAGAUAUAUGUUCCUUCGGUUCUCGUGACAAAAGUGACCGGGAAUGCCCGCAGUUAACGGGAAAGGGAACGAGCAGAACAGGAAGCAACGUUUACGUGUUCCGUAGCAAAACACUCUGAAACGUAGGUAUUGUCGGUGAAAAGUAGGUCGCGAAAGGUCGAUAGUGGCAUCGAACGGGAAGCGAAGAUGCGAGAGGAAACGGAAGGAAUGUCACGCGGUAACGACGUUAAUAUCGACGAAUCGUUUUUUCGUCGAUGAUGGGGCUGUGAUCGCCCAAGGCAAACGUCGAAUCUCCACCACAGAUCGAGUAGACCAGCGUCUACCCGUCGAGGCCAGCGAAAAUGGUCGAUUUAGGAGGAUACAUUAUCAUACUGAUCAACCAUAAUGACAAGAUCAAACUGUACGGUUCGCCGGCCGACAACGCGGACACGUUGGAGGUGGCGGAUGAAAUUUUAGAAGUUAAUGGUAGCACCUUGGAAAAUGCCAGCCAGUCAGAAGUCAUCCAAUACAUAUACCAGUGCAUCGAGUCCAGAACAAUAUGUCUGCGAAUACGGCGGAGAAGCGGAAACAAGAAGGCAGAGUUGGACGGGUUCAAGGCUGGUCGGGUGCGAGAAGCUUGGGUCAUCGCCGUCGAAAGACGCGCAAAGGAAAGAUUGCAGAGGCUUGCAUCGCACUGGAGAAUCCAACCUCGCGAUAUCGAGGCGAUUUUACACCACGAGAUCAACGAGUCGGUGGCGUCCACGAGCGGGGUCAACGCGAGCAAAAAUGUGACUGGCAACCAAAUUACCGUGACGCUUGCCGACAAGGAACCGAGUCCGAAUGCAUUUACCGCGAAGCUCAGCAACGGAACGAUCCCGAAAAUCAUAGGAAAGGACACCAAGGACGCCGGAGAAGGAAAGGACGCGUUGAACAAGCCCCAGAGCGGUCCCGAGGAAACCAAUCGUUUGACACCGGUGCAGGGUGGAAGGAUCGGGGAACGACGUGCCAGCAGUCCCUUCCAAAAUGGCCAAACAGAAGUCCUGAUUGGAGAACCAGAAGGCGGGCCAAGGUCACCGCGGGGCUCGACGUCUUCGGCGAUAAACGACGGCAAUUUCCUGAAUCAACCGGACGAACGUGACGACCAACAACCGAUUUGCAGGUCCCGAAUUCGUAGCGGCAAUGGCGUGACGGACAUACACUCGCAGCAGCACCAACAGCAGCAGCACCACCAUCACCAGCAGCAGCAUCAGCUGCAGGAGAACAACAACGCGAAAAAGCCGCAGGAGGGACUCGGUCCCGAUGAGAUGUGGGCCCCUGGCGGCCUGGGGCCUCACCGGGAGCUACCAGUCGACGUGCCCGACACCCUCCUGCAGAAGGCCUAUCCCAACAAGGUAAAGAACUGCUCUUCCGACUAUAGGAAUGAGCUUGGCCCCCGUAGCGACCUAGCUAGCGACCUCGACCUCUCCCUAAACCUUAAAAACGAGACCCUUAAGUCAUCGCAAUCACCGCCACCACCGCCGCCUCGCAUCACCAACGCAGACGACCGCGCUAGAACCGUCGAUCAAACGGACGCGACGGACGCAACGUCUAGACCGCCGUACGUCAGGAACGGGCACCAUCGACCAUCGCACAUGGUGAAGAUCGAGCUGAAGAUCGAGUCGGUGAACCUCGAGGACGAGGACGAGCGCAGCGAGUCGAAGGACGCCUGCAAAGAGUUAGAGGUGGACAGCCAUCGACGCAGCCCGUCCACUUUGGGCUUCCCAGACUCGAAGAAUCCCUUCAAGGACUUUGACGAGGAGGAGGACGAAGGAGUGAACGAGGACACGUCGGGUCAGAAGGAGUCCAGCGUGGACGUGGACGUCGAGGAGGAUUAUCCGUUCGCGAAGGAAGACUACCCGACCAUGCUGAAGACCUGCAGCGACGACUCGGCCAGUCCAAGAAGCUCCUCGGGCAGGUCGGACAGCACAGCACCGCUGGAUAGCAGUUUGGUGCUGAGACACGCGAAAAAUCGAGGCAAAGACUCGCCCACUUACGACGCCAGGCGGAUAGACUUAGGUUCCCCGUGUCGACCGGUGGUCCCUGAAAUCAAGGUGGCUCCCCUGUUCGCCAGAACGAGGGACACGACGUCGUUCGAUAACCCAGCGUACGGGCUGGCCGACCUGCAGGACUUGCAGGGCCUCUUGAUGCGAUCGGACGAGGUGUCCGAUCUGACCAGGUUGAUAGACGAGCAGUGCGUGAUCCCUAGACUGCCGCGGGACCAAGUGUCCCCUGUACGCGUCAAGGAGUCGCAUCAGCGGGUCGAACUGCUACCCUCGGAGCCGCCCACGCCAGCUAGCAAGUCUGCGAAGAGUUCCAAGAUUCGUCGACCCGCGGAGGAACGUACCAAGUUAAAAGCCAAGACGAAGAGCUUGGACGCGGAGGAGUUGAUGCGCGCUGGCUCUAACGAGGAUCUCGUGGGCAUCGAGUCGGGCAGUAGUCUCUCCUCGUCCUCGAGGCAGCGACCGAAGAAGAAACGCCAUCAACAGAUCUCCAGCGGUUACUCGACGCUCAGAAGCGACGCUUCCACCGAUCACGAGCUCGUCGAACGUAGUUUCCUGGUGGUCGGCGGCAAAGCCUACCGCGAGGUGGCCGUCGACUGCCCUCCCGAUUUCAUCCCCGUCACCAAGUGCCACCCCGUCUACCCUCCGCCCAACAAAACCCCUGGCAGCAGCAAGCAGAACACCCUCGAACCGAAACGAGAACGUAACGGAACGGUGAACCGAGACGGCGCUGCACACGGUGGUCUAACGGCGGGGGGACGCGGGGAUGACGGGAUCGCGAUCGCGGCAUCAUCACCUUGUCUUCCCUCGAAAGACCUUAGCCUAGCUACGGAGACCGUAGCCGCGCGCACGCUAGACAGAAAGCACGACUCCUCCAAGAAGGUAAGGUCCAAAGUCAAGAGUUUGCUUCUCGACAGCUUCCUCUCUUUCGUGCACCACGAGCCAUCGCCGACACGCCAUCGCAAAACGUUUCACGCUUCUAGCACGCAACACCCCGUCUCCUCUAACCGCUCGUUGCUCUCGCUAAACUCUAAUUGCGAUCCUCUUCCUCUUCCACGUCCAUUGAUUCGCGACUCACUCGCCAAUGACGCAUUCAGCUCGUCUUCGGCUCUUUGGCAAUCCGCGCCUCCACAGGCACGCUUCUCCUGCGACUUGACCGCAGAUUUUGCAAUGAGUCCUAACAGCAUCGAUUUCGGUCAAGACGAUUUGUUCGAUGGAAAGCCCAAAGUGCAGACUGAGACGACAGGAUGUCUGUCGUUCGUUCAGGAGACCAAUCAGAACUCGAGGAAUUCCUUGCGCGAGACCAACAGGAAAUUUGGCGGAUAUCAGAAGGGAGGAGUGUCUCCUGGCUUGGAAGAGUCCCCGAGCGUGCAAAACCAAAAGAACGUACGGUUAUCUCUCGAAUACAAACGUUCCAAGCUUUUGGACGUUCCUUGGAGUUUGGCCAUGUGUCGUGACGGGUCGAAAAGCGACCCAGAACUCUUCUUUCCCUCUCGUUGCGGAGUUCAAUCCUGGUUGUCGGACUUGAAUCUGGCAUAUCCUUCCACGAAUUCGCGGGAAAGCCCCGUGCGUGAGAUUAAGUUCGACCGUCGAGAUCUUUGCUUAAAUGAUUCGAGUUGGAGCACCCCGAAGCUAGAGAAACCAAGGUUGGACGCUUCGAAGAUACAUACGUGCUCUUUGUACCAGGGCCUGGACAGUCUUGACCAGCACCAGGCCGGUCUGAACGGGGUGAAACCUGCCAUCCCCCCCAGAGACCAAAAGAGGGCACCCGCCAGACCACCGAAAGACAAUCUACGUCUGUCCACGCAGAACAAUAAUGUGGAGAGCACCGAUAACGCCAACGCCGAGCCUACGCAGCAACAACUGCAUUCCAUCAGGAAAUACCAGGAGCAACUGCGGAAACGGAAGGAUGAAGAGGAGAGGCAGGAGAUACUCAAUAGAUCCCUACGAGGAUCCACGAAGCUCCAAGCGUUGGAGAGUCACGCGACCAGUCUCGCCGGCCAAGAAAAUCCUGCCUACUCCCAGGACGAGGUGACCACCGUCGGUCGUUCGACCCAUGUCUUAGCGAACGCGACGCAUGAAGUCGAAGAGCCUCCCAGGCCACUCACAUACGGAGAGGUCGUUGCAACGUUGGAGAGGUUACAGCUUCAGCUGCGCAGCAUUUCUGGCGCUCUGGGCAUCUCGGGACCAGGCGUGGAAGCCGAACUCGAAGCGGUGCGAACGCUUCUGGUACAAAGUCGAUUUGCAUCCGCACUUGCCACUCACCACGUUUUGAAGAACAGGUUGAGAUCUGGCAAGGUUCUCAAACAUCACGUAGAAGACGCAUCAACUUUGGCCCGAGAUUGCGUGGAGAUCCUGGAAAAAUGGCAAUCCUCGUCCACGACAACGGGUGUCGGCGGAGCGGAAACGAUGGCCGCCGUAGAAGAGUUGACCGGUAUCUUGACGAAUUACGACAUGGAGGCUCUCCUUCUCUCUCACGACUCGAUCGUUUCAUACGUCGACGGAUUGCAGAGGAAACAGAGCCCCUCCUCCUCGUCUCCAAGUGGUCCUCCCAGUCCGACAUCUAGCUGGAGAGGCUCUCGAGCCGUCGAUAACAUCAAGAUCAUCAGAAUCGAGAAGACGAACGAACCUCUAGGUGCUACAGUUAGAAACGAGGGCGACGCCGUCAUCAUAGGUCGAGUUGUGCGCGGCGGUGCAGCGGACAAGUCUGGGCUUCUCCACGAAGGCGACGAAGUCCUCGAGGUGAACGGCGUGGAAAUGCGCGGGAAGAGCGUGAACGAAGUCUGCGAUAUUCUGGCUGGUAUGCAGGGCAGUCUGACCUUCCUCGUUCUUCCGGCUCCCACGAGUCACAGAAAUAACCUGUCGAAUAGAAGAGAAGAUUCCAAUCAGCUACAACACAUACGAGCGCACUUCGACUACGACCCCGAGGAGGAUCCCUAUAUUCCCUGCCGAGAACUGGGAGUUGGCUUCCAAAAGGGUGACGUGUUGCAUGUCAUCUCGCAGGAGGACCCUAAUUGGUGGCAGGCGUAUCGGGAGGGUGAAGAUGAUCAAACUCUUGCUGGCUUGAUACCUAGUAAAGCCUUUCAACACCAACGGGAAUCUAUGAAGCAGACCAUCGCAGGUGACAAAUCGACUGUACGCGGCUCCAAAAAGUCCAGCACGCUGUUGUGCGCCAGAAAGACUCCAAAGAAAAAGAAACGCAACAAGAGUGGGGCGAACUACAAUGACGACGGUUAUCCUCAUUACGCGACGACUGCCAUCGACGAUUACGACAGCGAGGAGGUACUGACAUACGAGGAGGUUGCCUUGUACUAUCCAAAGGCGGAUCACAAGAGACCGAUUGUCUUGAUCGGACCGCCCAACAUCGGACGACACGAGCUGAGACAGAGAUUGAUGCAAGACAGCGAACGUUUUGCGGCAGCCAUUCCUCACACGAGUCGUCCCAGAAAGGACUCAGAAGUCGAUGGACAAGAUUACCACUUCAUCUCCCGUUCACAAUUCGAAUCGGACAUCCUCUGUCGGAAGUUCGUCGAGCACGGCGAGUACGAGAAGGCUUACUAUGGCACCUCCGUAGAGGCUAUACGUACGGUCGUGAACUCUGGGAAGAUUUGUGUUCUGAAUCUUCACCCACAAAGCCUGAAGAUCCUCCGAAACUCGGACUUAAAGCCAUACGUGGUGUUCGUGGCGCCGCCUAGUUUAGAAAAGCUCCGCCAGAAGAGGAUCAAGAACAACGAGAGCUUCAAAGAGGAAGAGUUAAAGGACAUAAUAGAGAAGGCGCGCGAAAUGGAGGACAAGUAUGGUCAUCUGUUCGAUAUGAUCAUCAUCAACACAGAUACAGAUCGCGCGUAUAGUCAGUUGCUGACGGAGAUCAACUCGCUAGAAAGGGAGCCACAAUGGGUGCCCGCGUCUUGGAUACAGUAAACGCAAAGAUAUGCAGCCGUAAAGUCUGACCCGAACGAUUCCAGAGACUGGUUCUUCUACAUGGUGCCUGUUAUACAAUUUUACGUUUCGUACACGCGCGCAUCGAAACCCCCUGCCAGGCUGUCGUGUCCCCACUACUCGAUCUGGCUUGGUGGUGCAGUCUUCCGUGUUGCAUUCGUCGGUGCCAUCGGAGGUCCCAAUGAGGAUCGUCGGGCCGGCAACCGUUGGAGCGUUCGUCAAAUUGUGCUUCACUGUUCCUCGAAAAAUCGAAGCGUGAACGACCCGGGGUCGUCCUCGACUAAUAGGUCGAAUCCUGAGUUCCUCGCGGCUUUUUCAGCUCGGAACUCCCCUCCGUGUUCAUUUGUACAGCGAGCAGUGCCGCGAGGAGAGAGGUCGGUGCUUUUCCGUAUAAGACGCUGAAGUUUACCCAAAGAUGCGUGAACCUCGAAAGAGAUCUCGCCCGCCUUCUUUCAGAAUUCAACAGCCUUCUCCAGGAUCCAGGCGCGUGUUCACGUGACAUUUAAGUCUUGAUUUUAUAGCAACUAUACGUGACAUUUUAGGUAGGUUAUAACGCAUGGUUUUAUCAUGGCGUGGAAUUUGUUAUUACGAACAUAUAGCAUACACCAUGAUGUGAUUUCGCCAGCUCCUCGCGUUUUAAAGAAAGUUAUUUACACGGAGAUUACUAUUUAAGUAACUUGGUGUAAAAGACGGUAAUGUUCUCCCAAGGAUUUUGUUACUGAACGUUUUAACCAAUUUAUCUUUGUCCUCCUGAGCAAUUAUAUAUGAUGUUAAUCUAGAAUACGGUAAAUUGAAACGUAAAGAGGAAUGGUAGCAGUAAGGUGAAACAUGUUACAAUAAUUGCGUGUAAAGUUUAAAUCAAACUCGCUUUUAUAACACCGAAGUAGCGAGACUGAUCAGAACGUCAUGACAAACGCGACUUUCAGUUUUUACGAUGAUAAAUGUCAGUGACAUUAACUGUCAUUGAAAGUCGUGACUUGGCGUCACGUGGACACGUAGCCGAGCUGCGAAAAAUAUCGAAAUCGCGAUAAUCUCAGUCAGCAGAAGCAUCUUUACACACUUACGCGCGCGUACACAUUCAAUGCACCUUCUGCUGCUGUAUCUUAACUCUAGAAAGACUAACUUGCAAGAAGGAUCGUCGGACCCACCGAUUAGAACAUCUUAAAAAUAUGUUAUUCGUAUAUGUUAUCUUGUGAACUUUGUCUAGAAUAUUUGUUGUCGUUAACGCGAAUCUCCGGUGGUUAUUCUAACAAAAAAUUUAAUACGACGCAUAAUUUACAAGCUAUUUGAGGUGAGUAUGUCACGUACCUCAAUCUGUAUAUAUGCAAAUUAUUAACGAUAUAAAAUACACUAGAAACAUUAGUGUAAACUUUUUGGUCGAGCGAUUCUUUCCUAACAUGCGAAACUGUUAUUAUUCAUGAAAUACUCGUGUCUAGAGAUCAUCUUCCAAGGAUAAUUAUGAAUGACAUGGGUGGGCUCGAGAAACUUCUAUGCAUGAAGAGGAUUGUCAGUGGUACCUCCAGGUUUGAUUGACCAUCUUUCUCACUGGUUUUUCUUGUGACAAAUGCAGUCAAUCAAAUAGUGAACUUACAAUGAACCUUACCCAUGUAUGGCCAUUAUACACGCCAUUUAAUGAAGCUCAGUCUUUCUAGGGUUAAUUUAGAUCGUCUCACCCGAACUUGGCCAAAUUGUUAAGAUUUUACCUUGACCGCGUUUCUCUCGUAUUCCAUGAUACGUGUGAAGGCGGAACAUCAUUAACCUUUCAUCGUUCAUCGUAGACACUCGUGUUUGUUUAGAGAAGAGAAAUCCGUACCUCUAACCGCCCCGUAGACGCCCGUUAACGCGAUAGGAAUAGGCUCGUGUGUAAAUCAGUGCGAACAAGCUUCUCGAAGUACCUCAACCUUAGCCCUCCAAUUUCUUUUGUCAACUUAGUGGAACCAUUAUCUUCGUUACAUUUUUACUUCUUUACUUGACCAUAGUCUUUUUAUUCAGCUAUUUCAAUCGAUUAGUUAUCAAGGAGAUAGGAUAUAACCUACAUACGAAAAGUAUGUAACACUUGUACGUGUGUAAUACAUAAAAAAGUAACUCUGGUUUUAGCAAACUGUCAAGCAAUUUUUAGAAAAUAAAUAAAGGAGUUAAAAGGGGGAGGAAGAUAUUCGAAAUUAAUUGCAAUUAAUUGUUCAAUAAAUUAUAAAUCUAAUUGGUUAAUGCUCAAAAUUGAUUUGAACUUUGAAUUUUGGCGCCUAUGGCAUUGGUUGAACGCAUGCGCGAAAAUUCCGAAGUUUCUGUCGACAUAGGUUGUAGGUGGUUGUAGGUUAGGUCCUUCGCGAACGUGGUUUCCUGAUCGCAGAAAAUGAUAGAAUAACGCGAAAGCCGAGAAAGGACGAUCGAAUCAACUCGAUUCAGAGACAAAACUCGCGUCGAAUGUAGUUUAAUUUCGGUGUCGUGAAUCCCAGCUAGAAAAUGAAACGUGAAAAAAGUAAUUUUAGUCGAGCGUUCGAGUGAAGUUAAACAGAACCGCGCACGACUGUUGUGCCAAGUAUUGAGAAGGACACGGAGAAACUAAGAUGUGCCAAAUUAGCGUCCGGAUUCGUUUGUCCAUAGAGAAGUCGAAUAUCUUUUCUUUUGUCGCGGGAAGGACGCUCGAAAUGGUAGAGAAAAAUGUACGAGAAACACGCUCAACGGGCACCUUUGCAUCCGUCAUUAUAUUGAUUCUGUAAAUAAUUGUGCACUUGUAUAGAAAAAAGAGAUGACGAGUAAGACGUUUCAUCGUUAUUAUUAUUCUUAGUAUUAUUAUCAUAAUUAUAUUAUUAUUAUGAUUAUUCUCUUUGCUAUUGUCAUCGUAUCACCCCGUACUCUUUAUUGAGACAUGGCGUUUUAGGCGAUGCGAACAGAAGGUCAGUACGAUUGUAUUUUUAAGCGGUCAAUCAAAAAACUUCAACGGCAGCAUUUUGAUUUACGGAUGGAUCUGCGUAUGGAACGCUUUGGUUGCAGCAUCGUUAACGUGUUACAUAGUGUUUCCACAUUCAAAGAUUAGUGAUAUGUUUUGUCAUCGAUCACAUGUUAUAAAACUUCUAGCAACAACGACACUUAUUCAAACUACAAGGAAAACUAGUAUUGAGAAUCUGCUCCUUAUCUUUCCGGUGCGAUAAAGCAUUUCAUCCUGUUAAAAAUACUUUUUUUAAGUAUUACUUGUAACUAGAAAUCCACCAGCACUGGUGUUAUAAACCUUUAAUUUAUAGUUGCGUAUGCAAGAAAACUCUUACUGUCAGUAAUCUUUGCAUGGAGAAACUGCGUCGCGUAGGGACUGCGAAUUCUUUGUGUCUUUCAGAUGUUGUUAUUGUGCUAACUUCUUUUAUCUCGGGACUGUGUAUGUUGUAUAUUUUUGAACCUGUAGUUACACAAAACUGUUGCAUCACCAGAAAACAUUACGCGAAUCGUUGAACAUCCGUACGACUAUGUUUACUUUUUAAUGAAAAUGUGUGAUGGUUGCUGUCUCUCUCUGGAUGCCUGAGACAUUUAUACUCGUUAAUCUGCGACGGACGAGAACCAAUAAACAUUUUUCGUAGGUAAAAGCGAUUAAACGCAAGUACUGUGCGUAGCGUGUGAUCACGAUCGAGAUAUGCCUGUCAAGCUAUGUGUACAUUACUACCGCUACUAACGAUUACGAUUUCUUUUAUUCGACGAUCAGAUUCGAUUUUAUGUGUAAAAUAAACGUACAACUUGAAAGAGGAAAUAUAAUAUGUAUAGGGAUGCAUAUGCACGUUUUGUAUAUACGGUAACGGUAUAUACGCGCGCUCGUGUGUCGCGAGAGUCGAAAGACAAACCGGAAUAUCAAAAUUCGACGUGUAUUUUGUUAAAAUUCUCUUGUUGUUGACUUCUUCGGGGAAACUGUACAAUAAUUUUACGCGUCGUUCGAUUUCCUUCAAACUCUUCUUCUAUCGCGUUCCUCUUCCAACGUAAUCAGAUUGUAUCGAUAUGACAAACAAUGUGAACCUGAUAUGUUCACUUUACAUGAUGCUUUUGGAAUUAAGACGUACACGUCAUUUGCUUGGUCUCGUUACAAUCAGAAAGCACGGAUUCCCUCGUUCGACUGUGUCAAUCCUCAUAAGCGUUUAGUCGAUCACUACAUGGCGUACGGUGAACAUCCAUAGGUGUUCAGCGACUGUGCUUAAUAAAUACGACUACGGUAUUCUCGCACACCGGCACAUGCCAAGCCUUCGAAUUUCAGAGACAACUACCGAAAUGGUUGAUAGAAGCGAUACCGUAGAGUCAUAAGGUCGUUUAGAAGUCGCUGGUGUGUUAGAUUAAUCAAGACUCAUAUAGAUCGUUCCCUCGAAGCGCUCAACUGUCGACGAUAGGACAACCGUCGAUGACGAUGUUUCUUUUUAUUUUCCUUUGAGAACGGGACGAUACAUAUUCGAUUAAUUUUGUUACGGGGUGGACCAUGCGAAGUAUUCAAAGCUGUAUUUGUAGAAAUAUCAAAAAGACAGUGAUAACAUUUUCGAUUUACAAUACUGUCCCUCAGUUUGUCACCGUUUGAUCUUCAGCUUGAGACGAUACCGAGGGACAAUACUGUAUCAAUUUCCUUGGGCUAUUUUACGUGACGUGGGGUGUCACAGCCAUGCACCCCAACGAGCACGUCUCAACCUUCACUUUUAAACGAAACAGCGUAAAUAUUUUUCAAAUGAUGCAGUGAAGAAUUAAAAUUCAAUGAAAUAAUGAAAAAUAAUUACACGUUUUUGGAAUGUAGUUGAAGUGUCAUUGUCUUAUUUGCAUUUCAGUGUUUCUUAGUUGUUUAUUCGUUUAAAGCAGACAUGUCAUAUUUUAUACGUAAACGGAAUUGUUUUUGAUAGUUCCCGGGAAGAUGAUAUGCAUGGACCACCCUGUACGAGAGUACGAGAACAUGCGUUCGCGAAAGAAUCCCAAACGACGCGCGGUAUAAUUAGCAAUAACACGAAGGUAAUGUAUUGUACGCCGAAAGAAAGAUCAGUUGUGGAAAAAGAUACGACUGUAAUGCGUCAUACAUCCUUAGUCAGCCUUCGUAAAGCGUCCACGACUAGGCCGAAAAUUAUUCAACGUCAUCCACAUUGUCUUCACUUACGGUACCACAAUUACGCAAGACUGAUCUUUCUUUCUCCAAGCAAUACAGCGUACGACGCAAGGAAA